AUGUCUUCCAGAAAGACUGUCACGGCACUUCUCCCACCGUCUGUUGACGUCGCGAAGGAACGCGAUUUUUGGCUGUGGUAUCGGCAGAGUUUGGAAAAGGCUGAUUUAUUUGAUGACGACGAUCAGAUUCCGGGAUUCUACAUUCUCAAGCCAGCAUCGUAUGCCAUCUGGGAGAGGAUCUGUGCAUCUCUUAAAGACAAGCUUAAGCGCAUGGGGGUGCAAGAUUGCGCUUUUCCGUUGUCUUCACUCGAGAUUACAGGAACUAGCGGCGAUAAUGGAGAUCCCUGUAUGGACACCGAACCGAGACUACGAAAUCGGCAAAACGCGACAUCCACCAUCUAUUCGUGCUGUGCGAGGUGGAUUGCGAACCCUGGGGACCUUCCGCUACGAUUGAAUCAGUGGAAGACAGCGUUCAGAUCAGAACCCUGCCCACAGCCUUUCCUCAGGUGCCGUGAGCUUCUGAUACAAGAAGCACAUACGGCACACAUGACCCAAUAUGAAGCCCAUGAAGAGAUGCUGCAGGUUCUUGAUAUUUACACAGCUGUUUAUGAAGAACUCCUUGCUGUUCCACUGAUCAGGGGCCUGCAAAGCGACCCUAAUAGCUCGGAUGAAGUUCAUACAGCUGUCUUAUUUGGGCUUGUUCCCGCUCUUGAACAGUGCAUCCAAGCUGGUGCCUGCCAUGAGCUAGGCCAACAGAUGAGCAAAGAGUAUAACAUUACUACCUCCGACGUUCCGGUUGGCUCGCAAACCGUUUCGAAUUCCACUGUACAUGUAUGGCAGAAUUCGUGGAACCUUUCUAUUCGAGCUAUCGGUCUCAUGGUAGCUACGCAUGGUGACAACCGGGGCCUGGUUCUUCCACCCCACAUUGCUGAAACACAGGUGGUAAUAAUACCUCACCAGGAUUCACGCAAUAAAAAUGACCAUCAUAAGAUUCGAGCAGAGAUUUUGUCCAUUCAAUCAACAUUUGCUUCUCUGGGAGUUCGGGUUUCAGCGGAUUUGCGCGACUGGCGUUCCACUGGCUGGAAGAUGAAAGAGUGGAUAACACGUGGUGCUCCAAUACGCCUAGUUUUUGGAUCAGAGGAGCUGGCUGGUCGAUAUGUCACCGUCUGUCAGAGAGAUCUUCCUAAGCCGAAUGAGGAGAUUACUAUACCUCUUUCCCAACUCCCCACUGCUAUCCCGACACUUCUCGCAGCUAUGCAUAACCGUCUCUUCAAGAAGGCUCAAGAUACCAUUCGCUCGCGUCAAAGGCAACUUGCUGACUGGGAUGAAUUCGUCAAAACAAUUUACAACAGGAAGACGGCCUAUAUCUGUUUAGUCCCUCAUUGUCUGACGAAGGACUGCCAACGUCGGAUUGAAAGUCGGCUGAAGUUUGCUAUUGAGAGUAAUCCUGAUUCUGAGACUAGCUCCAUGGCUGCUUCUGUCAAUUUCUUAUGCAUACCAUGGGACCAGCCUUCCGGAGUCGGUGAAAAGGAUGCCUCCAAAUGCAUCUAUCCCGAAUGUAUCCGUAACGCAAAGAAAUGGGCUAUGGUUGGAUGUAAUUUUUGA